AUGCCGCUGUUCGUCCUGAAGGACGAGCGCCCGCGGGAGGACCGGAGCACGGCGGCGCGCCGGGUGAGGGCGGCGCCGGAGCACGGCGAGGCGCCGGGCCAGGGCGGGGCGCUGGCGGACCGGCUGCGGGAGGACCCCGACCUGGACGUGGCCACGGAAGCCUUAGGCCGUGCGGAGCGCUCCGCGGAGCUCGAAGUCCUGGGCGCGCGGAAGCGGGGCUGGGCAGCGGGCGCCCUGCUGUCAGAGGUGGCCGAUGCCUGCCGGACCCUCGACGAGGCGGUGUCCUUCGUGCACGUGGAGCUGGCCGCCCUCGGGGGCGCGCCCGCGGAGGCAGCGGCGGAGGGUGGGGGCGCGCUGCCGCCGCCCCUGGAGGUGCGGCAUGGCCCGCCUGCGCUGCCCGCGGGCGCCGCCGGGCAGUGUGCCGUGCCGUUGGGCGUGCCGCCGGCCGCCGCCACUCACGCGCAGGCGGCGCGGGUCGUGGGCACGCUGAUGGUGGUGGAGCUCGCGCGCCACUGCGCGGAGACCGCCUGCUCCGCCGCGCUGCAGGGGUGCGCGCGGCGGCGGGCGGAGGCGAUGCUGCUGGAAGCGAUCGCGGAGCAGCACAUGACCGAGGCCGAGUUGCCUGCGCGCGGCACUGCGUGCGGUGCGUCCUGUGCCGAUGUGGUCAAGGCGGGCCCUCCUUCUCGCGCGAGCGCACAGUCUGAGGGCCCUGGAGCCGCUGAGACCUCAACGGAGCCGUCCUCCCGCGCAAGCGCGCAGAUCGAGUGCUCUGGAGCCCCUGCGGCCGAGAGGAGGCCACACCCCCGGGCAGCCACACUGGCCUCUGGCGCCACGGUGGCCGUGUCGGAGACUUUCUCCCGCGCAGGUGCGCAGUCUGUGGACCUUGGCUCUGGCGUGGCCAAGGCAGAGCUGCUCUCCCGCGCGAGCUCAAGGGAGGCACCCACGGAGCUGCCAUCCCGCGCGGGCACACGCGCCACUGAGGCCGUGGCGGAGGUGCACUACUGCGCGGGCUCGAGAUGCGAGGGCCCUGCCACUGACGAGGAGGAUACGCUGGGUGUGCCCGAGGAGCUGCUCUCGGCGUGCUUCGCCGCCGACUUCGGGCCGAUCCUGGAGGAUUUCGCGAAGGACCCCACAGUGAGACUCAUGGCAGGAGAGGCGGCGCAGCUCGGCGCCGGGCUGCGCGCGCACUCGGCUCUGGAGCUGCCCGCCGCUGGUCCGAGGCCACCGACGCCAGAGCCCAUGGGCGCUGUCCCGGCGCCGUCCGCGUGGUGGCGCAGGCGGCCAGAGGGGGCACCAGCGACGCUCUUCGGCCUGUCCCCGUGCCGGCGCUGCCUGGCCGGCUCGGCGCCAGGCGACAAGGUCGCCCAGCACGCCGUCGCGCUGCGUGUGUGGCUCUGGGCCCGUGCGCAGCAGUCGCUGGCGCUGGGGCUGAUGCGCGGCCUGGGGCCCUCCGCCGUGGCGCACCUGCACCUGGAGAGGGCCCAGGCCCGCCUCCUGGAGCUCGCCUGGCUCCGCACUGUGCGGAGGCAGGAGGCCGAGGCCGCCCUGGACGCACGACUCUCGGCGCUGCGCCGCGCGGCGCGCUUCCUGGGGCCCCUCGGCGCGGACGCCGCAGGCGCCUCCGGGCUCCUGGCCUCGGAGGUGGCGCUGCACGCCGCCGAGGUGCGCGGCAGCCUCGGGCGCGCCGCCGAGGCGGAGGCCGCGUCCGCCGCCGCCGCUGGGGCGCGGGCCAGCCUGGCGCCAGCGGGCCUGGCGCGGGGCGCGGACGAGGGCGAGGACGAGGUGCCGCAGCUGUGGGGCACGCUGAGGGCACUCGGCCUGCUGGAGAGCGCGUGCGCCCAGCACUCCAGCAGAGGUCCGGGCCAGUGA